AUGGACACAGAAAAUAGCGAGCCCGCAGGGAGCUACCGUACUUCUCUCAUCUCAAAAGCCAGAGGUUUACUUAAUCUAGUUGGACCGUACCUUGAAGAUAUGGAAAAGGAAUGCCCGGGAGCAGGUGCAGACUUCUUAGCCCUUAUCUCAGAGGGGGUAUCACGAGCCAUCAGAGGACAGAAGAUUUACAAGAGCUCAAUGAACGAGCAAGAGCAAAAGCCCUCCACUCAAAAUGACAACAAGAAGACAUGGGCCUCCAAAGCGGCUGCAGGGGUCUCGACCGGAACAAACAUUGAUGUACGUCGGCCCAUGACAAGACCCACGCCUCCCCAGAAUCAGAGCAAAGAAGACAAAAGGGUUCCGUCCGGCGUGGCAGUACUUGCUGCAUCGCCGGCAAAAGCAGCUAGUAUUUUACAGCAUAGUGAAGCCAUUGCUGCAAGAUUUGGUAAUGCUACGGUGGUAAGACAAGAGACUUGGACGACAUUUGUUGUCGGCCCUAUUCCAAAGAAAGUUAACACAUUAGACGGAGCCUAUGACCCACUUGAAGGGCUUCUAAUAGAGGAGCCGGCGAUUCGAGCUAUAAAAUAUGACACUCCUAUUCGACACAUAGCCUGGACACGUCGGUCUAUAGACUCUCUGAGCCCGUUUGGGCACAUCAGAAUUCAUGUUCCUGAGGCGAGGGCACACAAAGUGCCAUCCCGGAUGCAGCUUUUCGGACAAGCAACAAGCGUUCAACGAGUUUCGAACAAGCAGCUAUUGCACACCUGCAAUAAAUGUUUUGGUUUCCACGCCACGAGAACCUGCGCCCGACAAUUUAAAUGCUCCUCUUGCGGAAUGGAUUCUCACGAAGGUCCAUGCUCACGACAAAUACAGUGCCUAAAUUGCCGUGGGCCUCACGAAUCUACUGAUACCUCAUGCCCGGCUCGCCCACACAGAGAUCAUGGUGUAUUCGUUCGCCCAACAGGGGCACAGUUGCGACAUAUACGCGCCACUGGACGAAGAGAGCUUGCCAAUACUUUGAGACAUACUCAGGAAUCGGCAGAGAGCGGUGCCGAGACCCUCACUGAACUCAACCCUACCCAUUAA